GCUCCUGCCUCUUCCAAGAUGAAGCCCGGGGCGGAGAUUGCUCCCCAAUGUCUCAACGGACGCGCCUACUGGAACGAUUGUCAGCAUUGGCAACUCAAAAUAGAGGAUGCCUGAGAUUGGGGGCGGCCCCUUUCAGUGUUCAUCAUUCGUUCGACAUGUUACACCAACCUCGUGGGUGGACCUGACUGUUACAUACACCUUGGCGGGCUGACUAUAGCGACGACGCGUCCCAAUCGCCAGCAAUUUUUCACGCGUAGUUUCCCCUUAUUUACGCUCGCUAUGUCACAAACGCUGUUCCUUUGGUUACUUGCUACGGGUCAUCUACUCUGCCCUCUAUUAGCCUCAGCAUGUGCACGACUGGUAACAUCACUACCGUUCAAGGAUAUUCCUCUGAGCAACAAGGCUCAGGCGCGUGGUGUUCCAUUUGGCAUAGGCUCAUCAAAUCCGCAGCAAAUGUUUCUCCUACUUCGACCGGAAGAGUCCACAGUCCAGUGCCGUUAUCGAAGCUUACAGUGGUAGUAGUGCACUGAACGAUAUAUAUUUGUACGGCGGAAAUGGGGCGUGUCCAUUGACAAGAGAAGAAUGCAUGGCAUAUAGAGGCGGCCUCUACGGUCAAGAUCGAUCUAGCUCCGCGGUAAAAAGUGACCUAAUCAAACACGCUCCCGACGAUAUACUUGCGAACU